CUGUCACGCACUCUGUGCCAGACAUUCACCUGGAGUGAGCGGACCGUGAGUGGGACUCCCCUGGUGUCGUAACGCGGGGGGCACUGACAGCAGCGAGCUGUUUCUGGCGGUGCGGAGUUGAUAUUCGUGAGGCGUCCGGCGUGGGUAAACUGCAAGUGCCGAGCAGGUGCGCGCUGUUCAGUGAGAAGUUUUCCUGCGUGGCGCUGAUUACUUCUGGUGCUUCGUGGGGUGUCCAGUAGUAUAAAGUGUCCGUGUUAAGAAGUGUCUUUGCGUGGAAUUCAGGAGAACGAGAUCCUGCGUGGGGUGCUUAGCGAGAAUGACAGCUUGGGAGAGUUAGGUGUAUCUGCUGUUUAGCACCGCACUUCCUAAUGAAUAUCUUGCUGAAAUCCUUGGUGAGAGAAACUGGAGGUGCCCUGAGUGGGAGAAACAAGGAUACACUAGAAAGAACUAGGUUGGUGUGGUCAUGAGUGGGGUAGAUUGCUAGAUUUAAGUGGCCCAGAAUAGGGGAGUUUUUUUGCAGUUCUGCCUGGAGAUUUCUUUCCUUGAGGGACUCCUAAAGUAAGUAAUUUGGUGUGUUCUUUGGAGGUUAGGGAUCCUGAGAGGAUUUGUCAUGUGUAGAUAAUUUUGGAGGUCUUGCAAGGCUACAGAGUGGGAUGAAGUAGUGGGUGGUCAGACGUUUGUUUAAAGAGUUCCUGAGUGGGAUGGUCUUGCUUUGUAAGAUUCAGGUUAUAGUUUGGAAGGGUCCCUAGGGUAGAAGUUACUAGGGGUCCACAGUGGGUUGUUUAAUUUCGCCCACCUUGGAUUGAUAGCAGGACAAUGGCCACUGGGACCAUGAGAUUUAGUGGCAGCAUAAAGCUGAGGAUAGGGGAGGCUGUGGGGUUACAACCCACCCGCUGGUCGCUCAGACACUCAGUGUUUAAGAAAGGACUUUUUCUACUGGACCCCUAUAUGACCAUUAAUGUGGAUGAGUGUCGUGUGGGUCAGACCACCACCAAGCACCGGACCAACAAGCCCACAUACAACGAGGAGUUUUGUCUUACUGUAACGGAGGGCAUCAAGAUGGAACUAGCUGUCUUCCACAGCACCACUAUUGGGUAUGACGACUUUGUGGCCAACUGCACGCUCAGUUUCCAGGAGCUUCUCAAGAGCUGUGGGCAGGCGGACUCUUUUGAAGGCUGGGUGGAUUUGGAGCCAGACGGCAAAGUGUUUGUAGUGGUGACUCUCAUGGGCAGCUUUAUAGAAGGAGGAACCUUGCGAGAUGGGAGGCUCCUGAAACGUUUUACAAGGAAGCGCCAAGGAGCCAUGAGACGAAGAGUUCACCAGGUCAAUGGGCACAAGUUCAUGGCGACGUAUCUGCGCCAGCCCACAUACUGCUCUCACUGCAGAGAGUUCAUCUGGGGCGUCUUUGGGAAACAAGGAUACCAGUGUCAAGUGUGCACGUGCGUGGUGCAUAAGCGCUGCCACCAGCUGAUCGUAACGGCCUGCACUUGCAUGAACAAUGCCAAGGUGGAGAAACAGAUUUAUGAACAGAGGUUCGGGAUCAAUUUACCGCACAAGUUCCGAGAUCACAAUUACAAAGUGCCGACAUUUUGUGAUCACUGUGGAUCUCUGCUCUGGGGGCUCGUGAAGCAAGGACUUCAGUGUAAAAUAUGCAAAAUGAAUGUGCAUAAACGCUGUCAAGGAAAUGUGGCGCUACAUUGCGGAGUGAAUUCCGUAGAACUGGCAAAAACCUUAGCUGGGAUGGGCUUGCAGCCCUCAAACAUUCCAUUCAAAACGGAUUCUGUGUCGAGGAGCAUGGGAUCCGAUAACCUCAGCUACGAAGAAAACCACUCUCAGUCCAAGUUCGGGAUUGAUGAUUUCUCAUUUAUUCGUGUCCUAGGAAAAGGCAGUUUUGGAAAGGUCCUGCUCGCCAAAGCCAAGGAGUCUGACAUUCUGUACGCAGUGAAAGUUCUGAAAAAGGACGUCAUCUUACAGGAUGAUGAUGUGGAAUGUACAAUGACGGAGAAACGUAUCCUCUCUAUGGCUUCCAAACACCCCUUCCUCACCCAGCUGUUCUGUUGCUUCCAGACACAGGACAGACUAUUCUUUGUCAUGGAAUUUGUUAAUGGCGGAGACCUCAUGUUCCACAUCCAGAAGUCUCGGCGGUUUGAGGAAGCGCGUGCCUGCUUCUACAGCGCUGAGAUUACGUCUGCACUCAUGUUUCUUCACGAUAACGGAGUCAUUUACAGGGAUCUAAAGCUAGACAAUGUGCUAUUGGACCAUGAAGGGCACUGCAAGCUAGCGGACUUUGGCAUGUGCAAAGAGGGAAUCCGUGAGGGCUGCACGACAUCUACUUUCUGCGGUACCCCUGAUUACAUCGCACCAGAGAUAUUGCAGGAGAUGCAGUAUGGACCUCUUGUAGACUGGUGGGCGAUGGGAGUGCUUCUUUACGAGAUGCUGUGUGGCCACGCCCCCUUUGAAGCAGAAAACGAGGAUGACCUGUUUGAAGCCAUUUUGAACGAUGAAGUUGCCUAUCCGUCAUGGCUCCAGCAAGAUGCUGUUGCGAUUCUACAAGGUUUUAUGAAGAAGAAGCCGAGCAAGCGUUUGGGCAGCCUGGCCCUGGGGGGCGAGAAAGCCAUUUUGUGGCACCCGUUUUUUAAAGAUAUUAACUGGGAUCAGCUGAACAAGAAAGAGAUUCCCCCUCCCUUCACUCCCAGGAUAAAAUCUAGAGAGGACGUCAGUAAUUUCGACCCCGAGUUCAUAAAAGAAGAAGCCACAUUAACUCCCAUUGAUGAAAGACUCCUUCCUAUGAUCAGCCAGGACGAGUUCAGAAACUUUUCGUACAUUGCUCCUGAGCUCCAAAACAUCAUUAGGGACAGAGAGUCCAGAACUCAGCAAUAAUACAACAUUAAUUAUCUGGAGAUUUCAUAGUCCCGCAAAACCGGAUUUCAGAUACUCCCAGGAGAAAGAAAGCAUUAGCUUGACUAUGCACAGACGAUUAAAUAUUAAUAGCUGUGGUCCAGCACAUCUGAAAUCGGAAGAUUUCCAGCACUGAAUGAUGCUAAAUGAUAUGUAGCAUCUGAAGAGACAACCACUGCACUUCUGCUAUGAUAAAGCAUAUUUAAUGUUUUCAGUCUGCCAAGUAUUUUUGAGAUUUCACAACGGUUUUUGUCUCACAGCGCAAACAGAUUCAACUGAUGAGCGUAGAAGAAUGACUAACCCGAAAUGCGUAAUUAUCCUGGUACAUUCUCUCGUAUAACUGCAGCUAACAAAAAAACACAAAAUGACAAACUCAUCAGCUUUCUGCAAACAAGGAUUUUGUACACUGGGUUAAAUUUUGGGACUGCUGGGUCAGACAUUUAUUUUUCAGCAUUUUACAUUCACUUAUUUAAUAGACCAACGUGCGUUUCUCCCAUUUUCAGUGUGGCAGUCUGAUAGAACACAGGGCUUUGUUUAUCACAACAGUAUUUACUGCUUCCCAGUAUUAUGAUUUCCAGGAACACAUAAUGAUCUCAGCUCUGCUGUGGUACUACAGAGUAGCAGAGCAUUUUAUCAGAAAAUGAGACUCAGAAACAACUGUCUUACAAAUUGUUCCAAUUUUGAUUCUCUUUCAAACUGACAAAAAUAUGUGCUAUAUUAUAGUGUGAGAUUUGAUUCUGCCUUGCUUGCUUCUAGUCAUACAGCAACAAAUGAAACGUGUUAUUGCAUUCUGUGACAUGCUUUUAUAGAGCAACAUUUAUUUUUCUUUGUAUUUAAAAACCCUCAACCAUGUGUUAUGUUCUACUUUGAAGGACAAGUUUGAAACUCCUCUAAAACACAAUACUAGCUAAAUGGUGGUAAAUAAUUUGAACUUUUUUUUUUUUUUUUCCUUUUUUUUUUUUUUUUUUUUUUUUUACAGAAACUGAGCUGUCAUACAAAGUUAAUUCCAGCUAUUGCAUCAGCUGGUGCUAACACUAUUUUGUAGCAUCUGAUAUAUAAUAUCUGUUGGCUAAGUGGCUAGCUUAGAAUUUGUUUGUGUGUCUGGUUUCUUAUAUGCAAGUUUUAAGCAUUACAGAGCACAUUUGUUUUACUUAAAAUGGAAAACAAUGAAAUCUUUUCCAUUCAUAUUUUGAGUUCAGAUUGUCACUUCAUUACACAUUCACAACCCAAUUCUUCAUAAAAAUUACACCUAUACAAGCUAUUUAAAUUAUAUUCAUAUACUUUUUUCACUUGUUUGUAAUCCCAAGUGUGUGUGUGCUUAUUUUAUCAUGUGUUAAGAUGGUCAUUUUAAAAUAUCCUAAAUUCUUUUGUCUCAAAAUGUUUUUGUCCUCUUGAAGUAUAUUUAUAAAAAUGUUUUCUUAGGUUAAAAAUCAAA